AUGAAUGGGUUAAUAGUUGCAGCAACGGUAGAAGUGAAAGCGGAUACAAUAAGGACAGCAGUACUAUCAACAACUUCUGUGAGUAUUAGUAGUUGUAGUGAUAACGGUGAUAGUAGCAGUAGCAGUAGUAGUGGUAGUAGUAGUAGUAGUAGUAGUAGUGUAGUAAUAGUAAUAGUAAGAGUUGCAACAACAAUUUAUCUACAACGAAAUACUGCUGAUGGCAAGUCAUCAGACAGCAACAGUAAACGGCAACAGCAGCAGCCGGAGCAACACGGCACACAGUAA